ACUCUCCUGUUAUUGUCAAUCUGGGAAGUGACAGUCAGGAAGCCUGUGUGUGCCAGGAAGGAAGAGCUGCUGCACACUGUAUACUGAGCAUUGUGGUGGGCUACUAUAGGGGUACAUAUGUCUUGCAACAGGUGAGAGUGUGCAUGCAUGGGGGGGUCCUGGGUCAUGUGAUUGAUUAUUGUUAGUAAUGGACUGCUGGGAAUUGUAGUCCUUGUGUGUCUCAGGUAGGGCAGGAGGUCUUCUAUAGGAUGUGCACAUCAGGCGUUUAGACUUGGGAUCAUAUGUAAGUAGGAAACUCACUGUAUUGUGUAUUGACUGCGGGAUAUGGAGAUUUGCGCAGCCGCUAGAGCGUAUAUACUUGUGCAUCCUCCUACUGGGUCCCGGUACAUGAUGCCUCUAUAUAGGGACUUGUGAGAUGCGGGGGGUGUGUAUAUACGGUUGCACAAGUUUAGCAUUUGCCAAAUACAGAGCGUAGACUUGUGUGCAAUCUCCUUUUACGUAAAACUUCGCACUUGCAAAACGUGUGAUGUAAGGCGGCAGCGGCGGCGGCAUAGUGGGAAUAGGUUGGGGGGGGUGGUUAGAUAUAUAGCGAUUGUAUUCGUGGUGCUUGUGCACUUCUGGUUUUUAGCAAAGCAGCUAUGUAGUGUAUGGCAGAAGGGGGCGAGCGAUGUUCGUUUUAUUUACGCUGUAUAUGCCGCAUUUUGCAUACGUUGUUUGCAUAGUCUUUUGGGAUGCCCGGCGCCCCGUGUCAGAAUAGUUGCGUGUCCGUCAGUAGUUUAUGCAGGAGAGAGCGAAUCGUUGGUAAUGAAGUACCCUGGGGACAUGGCUUGAGGAAGCCCCCAGCUGCCUAGACUUCGGGGUCGGGGGCAGCGGCAAGGAUGGACGGUGAAGUGGACUUUGCAAACACCAGUUCGGCCGCCUCCAGCGGCUCCGACCGGACGCCUGAAUCGGACCGAGGUGGCGUCAGCCGAAGACACAGCGUCAAGACCUUCAGCGGGCUCCGCUUCUUCAGACGCAGAAAAGCCAUUGCCAAAUCUGGAGCCCAACAUCUCACACCUUCGUCCUCAUCCAGCGUGGUGCACAUUGACUCCAAAACGAACAUUCGCAGUACCGUGGACUGGAGUGAGGCGGCUCUGUACGGUGAUCACCUCUGGUUUGAGACCAACGUGUCCGGAGAUUUCUGCUAUGUGGGUGAGCAAUACUGCACGGCGAAGAUACAGCAAAAGUCAGCGUCCCGAAGGAAGUGCGCGGCGUGUAAGAUAGUGGUUCACACCCCCUGCAUCGAGCAGCUAGAGAAGAUAAAUUUCCGAUGUAAGCCAUCAUUCCGUGAAUCUGGUUCUCGUAAUAUACGCGAGCCAGUGAUUGUCCGUCAUCAUUGGGUACACCGAAGACGCCAGGCAGGGAAAUGCCGGCAGUGUGGGAAGGGGUUUCAGCAAAAGUUUGCCUUUCACAGCAAAGAGAUUGUUGCCAUCAGCUGCUCAUGGUGCAAACUGGCGUACCACAACAAAAUCUCCUGCUUCAUGCUUCACCACAUAGAGGAGCCCUGUUCUUUAGGGGCUCACGCUGCCGUCAUCGUUCCCCCAACGUGGAUAGUCCGAGUGCGCCGGCCACAGAGUUCCAUCAAGUCAAGCAAGAAAAAGAAGAGACCGUCCUUCAAGAGGAAGCCUAGCAAGAAGGGAGCUGAGGAGCCCAGGAUGCGGCCCUUCAUCAUCAGACCUGCUCCGUGUCCUCUCAUGAAACCUGUGCUGGUGUUUGUUAACCCAAAAAGUGGAGGAAAUCAAGGUGUGAAGAUCCUUCAGUCGUUCAUGUGGUAUCUGAAUCCGCGGCAAGUGUUUGACCUCAGUCAGGAUGGUCCAAAGGAAGCGUUAGAGAUGUAUCGGAAAGUUCCGUCGUUGCGCAUCCUGGCGUGCGGAGGUGAUGGCACUGUUGGCUGGAUUCUCUCUGUGUUGGAUCAGCUGCACCUUUUUCCUCCACCACCUGUUGCCAUCCUCCCUCUUGGCACUGGAAAUGACCUGGCAAGAACACUCAAUUGGGGUGGGGGUUACACCGAUGAGCCCCUCUCCAAAAUCCUGAGCCAUGUAGAGGAGGGAACUGUGGUCCAGCUGGACAGGUGGAACUUGGAAGUUGAGCGAAACCUCGACGCCUGUGAGGAGGACAGAGGAGAAGGAGCUACAGAUAAAUUGCCUCUAGAUGUGUUCAAUAACUACUUCAGCCUGGGAUUCGACGCUCGGGUCACCUUGGAAUUCCACGAGUCGAGAGAGGCUAACCCUGAGAAAUUUAACAGCCGAUUCCGCAAUAAGAUGUUCUAUGCUGGGACCGCCUUCUCAGACUUCUUGACCGGCAGCUCCCGAGAUUUAGCCAAACACAUCCGGGUUGUUUGUGACGGCACUGACCUGACGGCUAAAAUUCAGGAGCUGAAGUUACAAUGCUUGGUGUUUCUAAACAUCCCUCGGUAUUGUGCUGGCACUAUGCCAUGGGGCAACCCCGGUGAGCACCAUGACUUUGAACCUCAGAGGCAUGAUGACGGAUGUAUAGAAGUGAUUGGCUUCACUAUGGCAUCAUUGGCCGCCCUACAGGUUGGAGGACACGGAGAACGCCUGCACCAGUGCCGGGAGGUCCUAUUACGGACGUACAAGUCAAUUCCGAUGCAGGUUGACGGCGAACCGUGCAAGUUGGGGCCGUCCGUGGUGAAGAUCAGUCUGCGCAACCAAGCGAACCUUAUUCAGAAGACCAAGCGGCGGACUUCUCUCCCUCAGCUGAAUGAUCAGCAGCCGGUCCCGGACAGAUUGCGUCUGCGCGUCAGUCGUAUUUCCAUGCACGACUAUGAGGUUUUGCACUAUGACAAGGAGAAGCUGAGAGAAGCCUCUCUCCCACUGGGAGUUAUUGUGGUCCCUGGAGACAGUGAUCUUGAGACGUGUCGUAUACACAUACAGCAGCUCCAGGAGGAUUUUCCCGAGUACCCCACAAUAUUGCAGCGUCUCGACCUGAAGGAGGAGGGAACAAACAGACCUCAGACCGUGUCCUCACAGAAACUGUCUCCAAAAUGGUGCUUCUUGGACUCCACCACAGCCGAUCGCUUCUACAGGAUUGACAGAGCUCAGGAGCACUUGAACUUUGUGUUGGAAAUCUGUCAGGAUGAGCUCUUUGUCCUGGACCCUGAGCUGAUCAUCACCCAGUCUGUGGGCACUUCUCCGGCGAUGCCUGACUCCGGGGACCGCUCUUCAAGUCCGACUAGCCAACAUUUCCAGUUCCCACUACAACCACCAUCCUCUACCGCAGAUUCCCCUACAGUAUCCGAGCUUCAGCAGGGGUCUGCCUGCCGGGGCAGGACGCAUAGUGAUAGCUCCUUGACCAAAAUGGAUGUUUCACCUGCAUAUAGAAACGGCAAUAACAUUUCGGAUUAUAACUGCGAUGAAGUUUUAUUGGAAUCUGCAAAAAACGAUGAGCUUGAAAAGUUCAGGGAAGCACAUCGUGCUGGCGGCAACCUUACUCAGCGGGACUUCAGUGGCUGCACGCUGUUACAUCACGCGGUAAAUGCCGGGAGUAAAGAGAUUGUCAAAUAUAUUAUUGAGAAUGCUCCAUCCGAGAUCCUGGAUAUCGCGGAGCUGAAAAACGGGGAGACGGGUCUGCACCUUGCGGCAUCUCUACGUCAGCGCACCAUCUGUCAUUACAUAGUGGAGGCAGGGGCAUCGCUCAUGAAAACAGAUCUGCAGGGGGACACUCCAAAAAAUCGUGCUGAGAAAGCAAAGGACUCGGAGCUGGCUGCUUACCUAGAAAACAGACAGCACUAUCAAAUGAUCCAGAGAGAGGACCAGGAAACAGCCGUGUAACAAGAAGACUCUCUUACUUCGCUCCUUCGUACAGAAAAAUCCUAAACUUCCUUAACCCCUGCUCUGGGGGUGGGGUGUGGGGGGGGAGCAGCACUUUUCCUGGCUCCUCCAUCUUACAAGAAGCCUUACUGUACAUCUCCUCGAAGUGGUGGCAGUUGUACUUGGCACUUGCUAGAACCACUAGCUAGAACCACUAGCUUCUUAACAACACCUACUCCCAACGUGUCCGUGUUUCUUACGCCGGAACAUGCGCACCUUUACUACCUGUUCUAAGAGCGCUCUCCUGACCACGCGAGACAGGACCUAAGCUGUGGACAACCUACAGAGACUACGGCUCUAUGACUAACUUAAGUAAUUCCACCCAUUCUUGAUAUGCUUCCAUGUAGAAUCUUCCUCCUUUAGUGACCUACUCACUGUGCUUAGCCCCCAAUUUAGCUGUAUUUUUGUAUUCACGUGUGUCAGGCUAUUUCGGGCCCAUGGCUCCUGGGCAGUGGUGUCCUGGUCAUUUCUGAAGACGUAAGACUCAUUGUGGUUACUAGAUUUCUUCUCUGAUCCCAUAGGGCACACGACUGCCCUGAUCUUGCACAUAUGGUCUCCGCAACUGGGGCUAGUUUACAUGCGUUCACCUCUCGUGUGAUGGCUCUCAUCGGUUCUUUAUUUGUGUAAAGAUAUAUCUGUUGUUUUUGUUUCCAUUUUGUUUUUUAUUCCUCGAUAGCCGUGUGCCGUGUAGAUAUCAGGGCCGUGUAGAAGUGUAUAUACAUAUGUACAUGUAGUAGAACAGAGAGACCUGCCUUUUCCGAAGCCUCUACAUUUAGAUUCUUAUUUAUCGAUCUAGUAUGAGUAGACGUGUGAAUUGGGGCCGGAGUAGAAAUUGUUAUUGUUAUUUUAAUUUUUUAUUUUUGCUUAUUUUUCUUUUGUACAUAAAGCGUGUGAUUCGUUCAUGUCCAGGGUGUUAAUUCAAGUGUUUACACUGGAUCAUCAUGGUAUAGCCAUUGCUAGGUGUUAAAUGUAACCUGUCAGUAUAGCUCUGUUGACCCUGGUUCAUUUCAUCCAUUUUACUAAUGGCAGCCAUUUUGAAACCGUUCAUGUUGAAAAGAUGUUGUCGUCAGGUGAGUUCAGCCAGGGUUUGUUUGUUUUUUUGCGUUAAACCUGGCCCUAGGACAUGGAAGAUGAUGUAUUAGUGUGUGACCGUGAAACGCUAGAUUCGAGUUGAUGGCAAUUGAAAAAUUCAAUCAAAACAACCGUCCUUUGGUUAAAAUUUAACAAAUAAUAAUAAUCGUUUUUAGGCGGCCAAUGAUUGAUCACCAUUGUCUGAAUAAAGUCGGCCAUGUUUGAAAUUUUCAGCCGAUUAGGGGAAACAUCUUUCACCUUUGAAUAAUCUUUCAAGAAAGAAUGGUGUUAGAACGUGGCGGGAAAGAGUCAUUGAUCAUGUGUGGCCAUUUUGAACAACUGAAUGGAAUAAAAUACAUAUGGCGGCAUUGUUAACUCAACAGUUGUUCAAGCAUCAACCUAUUUUGAUCCAAUGUGUAUGGCCGCCAAGGCCGUUACAAACCUAAAGUUGUGGUCAUGGACUAUGUGCGUUCUCCUGAAGACUGGCUCACAAAAUGGCUGCCUUCAAUACCCAAGUUAUGGGUCCACUGUAAGGCCCUUGCGGCAGCCAUUUUGUGUCGUUCCUCUCACCGAGACAAUGUGUUCAGUGUGAUUUUUAAUAGUUUUUUUUUUUUAACUUAUUGCCUAAUUUUUUUUCUUAUCAAUGUUUUUCAUUUGUCAUUUUUUUAUUAUAAGAUUAGAGCAAAGCCUCUGACCAAGGAAUGACGCAUGUAAGCUCCGUGACAAUACCCCCGGUCAAUGUUCUUGACUUUUUGCUCUUGCUUGACAAUCAAAGAUUAAUUUUAAGGGUGUGGGGGCGAGUUGCCUUUUCCCCAUAUCUCCGGUAUCAUGUAUGGAUCUGUGCUACAAACCAGAAUUGCGUGCGUUUUUUUAUUUUUAUUUUUUAUAAAUUUUCUACAACCCAGCCCCCGUCCUUAGCACUUAACUGUUAGAAGGGAUUUGGGGGGGG